GCCUGCGCCGCAGCGGGGCGGGGCGGAGUGUGUUUCCGCGGAGGUCCCUACGGCGGGAGCGUGCGCGUGGGCGUCGCGGGUCGACCUCUCCGCGCUCAGCAUUAGCAGAGAUGUGUUUCUGAAACACCCGACUAUGUGACACUCGCACUGUGACUUCACCCACUGCCACUCACCUGUGGAACCCCCUAAGAUGUGAUCAUGCCAGCCAGACUUCUCCAAACCCUGGCAAGUUUACACAGCAUAUCAACAAUGGCUCAUCAGUGCCAGAGACUUACUCGGCUUAUAUUAAGACCACUUAGUAAAUCUGAAAGUGCAGCAUGCCACAACGGCCUGACAAUACAGAAACAUUUAGACUCAUUCUUUCCAAAUAUAACGGCUGACAGUUUGAAUAAGCCAAAGAUCCUGGAAAUGAGCCGGAUAGUAUCAGACGCGAGCAGAUUCUUUUCGUUAAAUGCUGGCCGGUGGGUAGAUGGAAAAGAAGACCAGCCAAGUAUGCACCCCUUUGGGACUCAGAGGAACAUGCCCCACAGACCAAAUCUCCUAUGUUCUAAGUGGUUUAUGAAGGCAGUAAAGAGAUAUCACUCGUCUGUAUCAAAUGAAGCACUUGUUCCCAAACAAGACCUUCCGCAGGUCAAGAGGCCGCUCAAAGCAUCUCGGACCCGGCAGCCGUCCAGGACCAACCUUCCAGAUCUGUCGGUGAAUGAGGACCUGAUGCAGUGCACAGCGUUCGCAACAGCAGAUGAGUAUCACCUGGGAAGUCUGUCCCAAGAGCUGGUCUCCUGUGGCUACGUGGAAGUGACAAGCCUGCCGAGAGAUGCAGCAAAUAUCUUGGUGAUAGGUGUGGAAAAUUCUGCGAAAGAAGGUGAUCCCGGAACAAUAUUCUUGUUCAGGGAAGGCGCUGCUGUGUUCUGGAAUGUAAAAGACAAAACUAUGAAACACGUGAUGCAAGUUCUAGAGAGACACGAAACCCAGCCCUAUGAAGUGGCUCUGGUUCACUGGGAGAACGAAGAGCUCAACUACAUAAAAACAGAGGGACAAUCAAAACUGCACAGAGGGGAAAUCAAGCUAAACUCUGAGCUGGACUUAGAUGACGCCAUUCUCGAGAAGUUUGCGUUCUCCAACGCUCUUUGCCUGUCAGUGAAGCUGGCUAUUUGGGAAGCAACCCUGGACAAAUUUAUUGAGUCUAUUCAGUCCAUUCCAGAGGCGUUAAAAGCUGGGAAGAAAGUCAAACUGUCUCACAAAGAAGUUAUGCAGAAAAUGGGUGAGCUCUUUGCCCUCAGGCACCGAAUAAACCUGAGCUCAGACUUCUUGAUCACCCCUGACUUCUACUGGGACAGAGCGAACCUGGAGGAGCUUUACGACAAGACCUGCCAGUUCCUUAGCAUUACUCGAAGAGUUAAGGUCAUGAAUGAGAAACUCCAGCACUGCAUGGAACUGACAGACCUAAUGCGGAAUCACCUCACUGAGAAGCGAGCGCUCCGCCUGGAGUGGAUGAUCGUGAUCCUCAUCACCAUCGAGGUAAUGUUCGAGCUGGGGAGAGUCUUCUUCUGAUCGUGUGAUCAUGAAAGCACCACACUGGGAAGACAGAAGUCCUGCAACCAGCAAAACCAGCGUUCACCACUGGCUCUUCCUCAGCCCUUUAAGUGCGCAUGGGCCACACUGGAAUCUCAGGACUCUGAGCUGAAGCAGAUCGUGCGGUCCAGACCAGCCCCGGGAAAGGCACCCAUCACUGCCCUGGGAAGAGGCGGACUGCCCAGUGUGAGGCCAACAGUAACAGCAGGACUGUCUCAAAAUAAAACAAACAAAUGUUGUAA